CGUGCUUCUAUAGUUCUAUACAUACUACCUUUGCCGCUCCCGAAAAAAGGGUUUCAUUUCUCUUUUCUGUUUUUUCCUCUCAUUUUUCUCUCUAAAAUUUCUCUCUUCCGUUGUUUUUCAUCGCAUUUUCUCCUUCCCUUUUCCUUCCAUGGAAAAGAAAUCGGAGAAUACAAUCUGAUAUCCGAUCGUCAUGUCAACAGAUUCUGUUGCAAUCUCCUCCGGUUCGGCGCCUACCUCGGCCCCCGGUUCGCCCAAAAGCCGCCUCAAGUUCCUCUGCAGCCACGGCGGCAGAAUCCUCCCCCGCCCCUCCGACGCCCACCUCAAGUACGUCGGUGGCGAAACACGUGUCAUCUCGGUUCCUCCGGACAUUUCUUUCCAGGAACUCAUGAAAAAACUCACCUACCAAAUUGAUGGUGACAUGAGGCUCAAGUACCAGGUAUGUUCCGAGGACCUCGACGCCCUCGUCACUGUCAAAUCCGACGAGGAUCUCCGCCACAUGCUCGACGAUAUUGACCGUCACAACCGCUCUUCCCUCUCCAAACUCCGUGCCUUCCUUUUCCCUCUCAACCCUUCACCCGACCCCGAACGCAACUCCCCAGCCCUUGACCACCAGCGCUACAUCGACGCCAUCAAUGGCAUAAUCCGAACCGGCCGAAUUCACGCAGUACAGCACGGCUCUCGGGUCUCGUCCGCCUGCUCCUCCCCACACUCACCCGACAGCUGUACCUCCGAGACCUUAAAUCACGAGCCCGUGGCCCACAUCCCAAGCAACUACUAUAGCGGCAUGCAUAGAGUCAGGAGCUCGCCCAGCAUAUGCAGCAGCCUCAGCAAUGGCCCACAGCCGAAUUUUCAUCACUUUUCGCCUCAACCGGGCCCGAGUUUUUACUACGGGCCCAAGAGCCCGACUCCAGAUAGGCUGAUCUCGGUGAGGUCGGUGGGCCGGGCGGAAGGGGUGAGGUAUCAGGUGGAGGCUUUGCCCGUGCAAUGUUAUUAUUCACCUACUGCUGCUGCUGUUUCUAGGCAGAACAGAGGGAAUGGGUUGUUGCAGUGUGAUGAGUGGGGCAAUGUUGUGGAUAGGAGGAUGAUGGCGGACAGGAAUGUGAGCCUUGUGAAUAGUUUGGUCUCGGCAAGCCCGCUUGGGCAGGGCCAGCAAGCCUGGGAUAGGGAUGUUUGAAUUUGAUUGGUCGGGCUGGCUGGAGGUUGUUUAGAAAAUGUGGGAUUUGCGUUUGACGUGUUUGAAGGAAGUAUGGCUCGAUUGUAGGUGGUUAGAGUUGAUGAUGACGAUAAAAUGGUCAGUUGGGUGUGGUUUUUUUUGCACCAACUUAUGUUUCUCUAAGAGUAAGCGUGUCUUGAUAAUUUUAAUCGACUCCUUCGCUCUUGAUAUGGGGAAAGGAUGAUUGGCAAUGCUUUAUGAUGCCUCAAGGAACGCUUUUGACGUCAAAUGUUGUUGUGAACUGAGGUCGCUUUUUUUUUUUUAGUGUGUGAAUAUAUGCUGCCUUUCUUGCGUUCAGCUACAUUUUUCUGGGGGGCUUUUAUAAUUAGACGCAUGUAGGUUGUGAAUCAAGUUGUAGUUUGAUUGGUAGGUUGUGAAUCAACUAAUCAAGUUUUAGUUCACUUAGAAGGCAUCUCUAAUGGGUCAGCCCAUUGACUAGCAACCCAACCAGUUGACCCGUUUCACUUCAUUAGAUACGAUGAAGAACUUUGUUUAUCACUAUUUUAUUAUACUAGUAAAGC